CUCUCUGUGUUCCUCCCGGGUGUAGUACGGUAGGAGUCGCACUAGUCCACACAGCGGAGUUCGGUGAUGCGGAGGGAGGACGGUCUUUCUCUCACACACACAGUGAAGCGAUCAGAGCGGUGCAGUCAGUGAGCGGCGAUCACACUACACGGGACUGAUCGGCCGACCUCCGCCGCUUCCUCCGGUGAUCACGUGAUUCCGGCAGCACAGACCUCGUACGGGAGCGGGUCGGAGUGGCCCGGGGACCGGCAGUGCUCGGCUCUGUGUUGGGAAUUCUAUAGCAACAAGUGAUCCGGCUGGAGAAGUUUGCAGCGCGCCGUCUCUGACAAUGAGGAAUAUUUGGAUCGUGCUGGGCUUCGGCUGGCUGGCCCUUGUGUCCGGGGAGACGCGGGUGGCUACUACAUCAGACAAAGACUUGUAUAUUGAUAACACUUCGAUUGAAGAGUCUUCAGGAGUAUACCCAAUCGAUGAUGAUGACUACUCUUCUGGGUCUGGUUCAGGGGUGGCAGACCUUGAUGCUGAAGAAGAUCCAGUACAGCUGACGACCCUCCGAUUACUUCCAGAGAGUCCCCCAACUAGUGAUGCACCAGUUAUAGAGAUGACUACACUGAAGAUGCAGACGAAAAUUGUAUUGGAAGCAGGGGGGCCUCAGAUAAAGAAGACUGAAGAAACCGCAGGAAGCAACCCCAACGCUGAUACAGACGUGUACACAGAGAAGCAGUCAGAGAACCUCUUUCACAGAACAGAAGUACUUGCAGCGGUUAUUGCUGGUGGAGGCAUCGGCUUCCUUUUUGCAGUUUUCCUAAUCUUGCUGCUUGUUUAUCGCAUGAGGAAGAAGGAUGAAGGCAGCUACGACCUGGGAGAAAGAAAACCAUCCAGCGCCGUCUACCAAAAGGCACCUACUAAAGAGUUUUACGCGUAAAACUCCCACCUGGUGUCUCUUUUUUUGAGAUCACUGAACUUUUUUUGUUUUUCUUUUAAAAUGAAGCUUUUGCAUAGAAUAAAGAAGAUUUUUUUUUUUUUUUUUUUUUUUUCCUUGUUCUCGAAAGAGCCUCGGAGGCAAAUUAUAAUAUGAAAAAAAAUCCCAUUGUAUUUAAGAAAAAAACAAACUUUUCAUGUAUUCCUUAAAAACAAAAAGUAUAAAAAAAAUCUUGGCAUUGUUGAGUGGGUAACAGUGGCAAAGUAUUAUUUUAUAUGACCAUUGGUAUUCACCAAGAUGUUUCAUAUCUUUAUGCAUAAACAUACAAGAUGGAAAAAUGACAAACAGUAGCUUUCAAUCUUUGGGUCUAUAAAAGGUUGUUUAAUAUUUUUAGCAUGUCUCAGAUCGCUCAAAGUUUUAGUUUUUGUUUCAUUAAUUUAUCUGUUUCCAAACAAAUGCCUUUUUUUUUUUUUUUAGUAGUUGUCAUGGUGCAAUCGUCCUUGGGUAAUUCAGAUAUACAGUAUAUUAGUGUAAAUGUACUUUUUUUCUUCCUAUGUAAACUUAAAAUUUGUAUAAAUCUGUCUAAUGAUAUUUGUUUUUGGUUUUGUUUUUUGUUUUCUUUUUUUUUUUUUUAUACAAUACCGCUCUAAUUUUCAGUGUACUUUCUAGCAAAUUUAGUCUGACGUGCAAAAUGAAAAAAGAAAUAUCUACUUACAAGCCGUUAGUAAGCUACUUAUUUUAAAGGUGCAUUCACUCUUACCAUUUUUGUAUUCUCAAACAUUUAAAGUGUAUCUAAGCCCUUCCCCCAAACAAGUAUAUUUUUAUUUCAUCCGGUGUUCGUUUUUGUAAUAAGGUUUGUUUCAAUUUCUAGGAUCAAAAAAUAAAUAAAAAAUUAGGUCCCCAGCACUUCCUACAUAAGGAUGCCAACACUGCCUUUCUAUGCACCGCAUACAGCAGUGUCACCCAAAUUUGCAUUUCCACUUAUGGCCGCCGAUUAUUUAUUAGCGAGCCUGCACCAACCUCUGUACUACCCACCUCUUCCAUAAUUGGCACCUGCUAUUGUGUUGAAGGUGCACAAGAAAUGGUGAAACUGAAGAAUUACUGAACUGCGAAUGGCAAACUGAAUUAAAAGAAAAGACCACCCUUUUAAGCUCAAUCUUAUACUAUUUUUUUAAAGUGGUUAUAAUAAAAAAUAAAUAUUCAUAAAUAUGUCUAUACUUGCAUGCUUUAUGCAAUAGAAUUGCACAAAACGGCCCCAUUGCUUUUCUUCUCAGGUCCCUUGCUGGCACUCCUGGCUCCUCUUCUCUUGCUGGUGCCCCCAGUAGGAAGCUAUUUCCCAUGGGAGCACUCGUGCGGGCUCAGCCCGCUCCCUUGCCACUGGAGAGGAGCGCAAACCAAUGGCUUUAUAUCAGUCUGUCCAGGGAGGAGGCACAAAGCCAGGAGAGCCGCAGUUCUCAUGCACAGCACUUGAUCGCGAUGGCGUUCAGGUAAGUAUAAGUGGAGCACGAGAGGGAGUCUGACAUAGGUUUUUUUUACCUUAAUUCAUAAAAUACAUUAAGGUAAAAAAUAAAUAAUAAUUGAGGCUUUAGAACCACUUAAAGGAAUGGAGAUAACUAAAACAUAGACACAAUGUGGAGUGAUGGCAGCCAUUACCUUUAUGUGAACUUUUUCUAAACAUAGCUGUGCUGACAUAAAUCUCAGAAUAGGAACAACCUGAUUAGUGUCCGAUGCAGAGUUUGUCUAUUGUACCUAAAUCUUUCCACGUUUUGUUCUUUGUAAAAGAUUUUUGUUGCAAAUGUUUCAGACGUUUUCAUUAGUUACUCAUCGACACUUGUCUUCAUUGGCUUCUUUUUGCAUCACCUAAAGACAUAAAAGCAGAACUAGCUUUAGUGUGCAUAAGCCUCUUUAAAAGGUUAUUUGCUUUUAGUAACAGCAGACCAAUACAUUUGUGCCAUGGAACACUAAUCAGGAUACCCAAAUAAAGUGGAUCUUGUAUGUUU